AUGGGGGAACAAGGUUCCAGCUAUCAAGAAGUGAUGAAGAGCAGCUACAAGGAGCAGUGGCUGCAGGCAAUGAAGAGUGAGAUGAAGUCGCUUGAAGAAAACAGCACAUGGAAGCUAGUGGACAUGCCACCGGGCAAGAAGGCCGUAGGCUAUAAGUGGGUCUUCAAAGAUUAA